AUUCUAGAGCUUUCCGCUGCAUUUUCUUCUGCCCUUUAGAAUCUUACAACAGUCUUUCUUAUUGUUGGCCAGGUGCCCUCCAAUGCCAAUAUUUCCAGUUCUUCUAUUCAAUUCGUUAGUUAUGCUUGCAGAUUGAUUCUGUAGUCAACUCAUCCCGUCCAUCUGUCAUCGGUAAGCCUCACUUCGUCUUGCCUCUCUUUUACUUAUUUCUACAACUUCUACAUCUACAAAGCUUUUCCCCCUUUGUAGAUUUUUUCUUGUAGAUUCUCUGAUGAUACACCAGCUGGCACCAGUCAUAGAGCGACUUGUACUCCCUUUCGUUGAUGACCAAUAGCUGUAGUCUUUAAGACUCAUAUCUGAUUCAAACUCUACAUUUUUACAUUUACUUUUCUUUAUAUAUAUAUAAAGAAGAAGAAGAAGAAGAAGAAGAAAAAUCAGCCGCAGCUCCAAUUGCCAAUUUGCUAACGUAUCCUCGUUCCCUUACAGCUUUCCAACCACAUCCAACCUUCGUACGAAUUAUCCUUCUCCAAAGUCCACCAUGGUUCUCCACAACCCAAACAACUGGCAUUGGGUCAGCAAGAAUGCCGGUGAAUGGACUAGGCAAUGGUUCGAAGAGAAUCUGACCAAGAUCUCGGCUGAAGAUGGAGAGGUCACUGCCAAGAUUAAUAAGGUUGUCAGCAUGGACGGGGAUGUUGACGUGAGCCAACGAAAAGGCAAGGUUAUCACCAUUUAUGACGUGAAACUCGUCUUAGAAUACUCUGGAGCCGCUCCUGGCGAAGAGGAUGUCUCAGGUACAAUCACCAUACCUGAAGUUGCCCAUGAUACCGACGAAGACGAUUUUGUGUUUGACAUAGACGUCUACUCGGAGUCGCAAGAGAAGCAACCAGUGAAAGAUCUAGUUCGAUCCAAGAUCACGCCGCAGCUUCGGAAGGAAUUCGCGAAGCUUACACCGGCUUUAAUUGCUGAACACGGCAAAGAUAUUCAACACGCCGCUGGCACGAAUCCCUCGAGUGGAUUUACCUCGCCCAAGUAUCACGCACCCACCGGAACCACGCCGAAGCCUGAAACUAGUGCUAGCGCUCAGAAGAACAGUGGCAGCGUAGUCAACACGACCACAGUAACAGAUCAGGAGGAAUUCCGAACUACUGCUGCUGAGUUGUACCAGACGUUCACCGACCCGCAACGUUUAGCUGCCUUUACACGAGCACCCCCAAAGAGAUUUGAUGGGGCUAAAAAGGGUGGCAAGUUUGAGCUGUUUGACGGUAACGUCUCGGGUGAAUUUGAAGAACUUGAGGAGCCGACCAAGAUCGCCCAGACGUGGCGGCUAAACCAAUGGCCGGCUGGUCACUACUCCAAACAGGUAAUUGAGUUCGACCAGAACGAUGUAGACGGCGUAACUGUGAUGAGGGUCACUUGGAGUGGCGUGCCUGUAGGUCAGGAAGAAGUGACCAAGCGCAACUGGGAGGAGUACUACGUGAAGAGCAUCAAGAAGACUUUCGGAUUCGGAACAAUCCUAUAGUUGAAAGCAUCAUGGUUGGCCCACGGCGUUCUUAGGUUCAAUGGCGUAAUUGGUUAAACAUUCAAUCAGCCCUCAUGGGCGAUUGUUUGGCCAUUUUCAUAAGUUCGUAAUCGUAAAGUAGAGGCCUGGGUGUCGAGCAGUCCCCCACUAGAACUUUAUAUGAUAAAAAGUGCUUUAAGAUUAAGAGAUAACGAUAUUAAAUGAUAAUAAUUUUUCCAGAA